AUGGACACCAACCUCUCCACACCUAGCAACGCCCUGACCGGCUCGACCGGUUACGCUCACUCCGCCAGCUGGCUCCAGGAGUGCGCUGGACAGGUGAUUCUCGCACCAGACGGCGCGACGCUUCAAGUUCUCGACUUGCACAGCAUCGGCAUGACGACUGCGCUCGCCAGCGACGUCCAGAGCCUGUCGGUCAUUGUUUUCGAGGGAACCGUCGAGGUGAUCUUGCAGGGUGCUCCCGUUUUCACCAUUUCUCGUGGUGGCCACUGGGCCGUGGACGUUGGAAAGGAGUGCAGAGUGCGGAACCUCGACACGGGAAGCAACGCUAUCCUGUACGUUGUUGGAAUGACGAUUAAGGAGAUCGAAGAGUAG